AAUGAGUAGCUUGAAGAGCGCUGCCGCAAAAGGCGUCUUUUCGUUUAUGGACUGUGGCAAACAAGUAAGGCUGUGCUUUGCAUUUUUGAUAUCAUGUAUCUAUUUUGAGUAUCCCGCUGACUAUCCCGCUGCGACUGCGCAUUGAGAAAAGUGACAUAGGCAGACCCCAAAACUACAUAUUAUCAUUACACUACACCUACUCUCAAAUCGCAGCGGAUGCAGAGAUGACCUAUAUUCCCAUGCACGUGGCCCAAAAUAGAAGGCCUCAAACCAUUGUCUAUUUCGAGAGGUGCUCUUCCUUUCCUUUACCGAAAUCAUAAUCCCAUAGAGGCGCAAGGCAAUACUUAGUUGCCCUAACCCAAAGCGCCUAAGGUGCUAUUAAUAAAAUGUCAUCAAACUGAACGAUCUCGCGUGUGCGUAUUUAUCAGCGGGAGAACUCAGCUCCCGCACCUUGGAGAACCAUGGAGAGAGUGGACACGAGUGAUCGACAGGGAGUACCUUCGCUUUGCUCAAAGAUCUACCAAAUAUAGGCAAUCCUAUCAAAAUAGCUUUCUUUGGUGCUGAUCCAAUUGCAGAACAGAACGUAAAGCGAACCAAUUUCUAUUCACCCUGAUCUGUUGAUAAAAUAAACACGCAUGAUGCUGCAUGGCAAUAGGACUGGCCAGGGGCAGGGGCAUGGGCAGGAGAAGAGGUAGGGACAGGGAGAGGGACAGGCGAUUGCUCAUGAAUGAAAAACAGCGAAAAAUACUUUUUCGAAUUUAUCUUCUCUCAGUAUUUCUGCCGUGUUUUGCGUUGGUUUUUAGUGGAUUGGAUUGGAUGUGUGUUUGCUGCUGAUUGCUCGGGAGGGGUAGUUUAUAUGGCCGGCAACAAGUUGGAUUUGUUCUAAAAAUGAACACACGAAAUAUCUUCGUCUUUGGCGUUAAAUACAGACAACGACAUCGGUGUCGAGCACCAACAACGCAUCUCUGUCCGAAGAGCUGAGAAGAGCAGAGCAGAGCAGAGGAAUUUGAUUUUCAUUUGAUUUUCCUUCGGUCUCCCCGUCUUUCGCGCUAUUUUCCUCUAUUGUGUGUGAGGCGUGCUUGCCUUGCCUUGCCUUGCCGUGCCUUUCCGUUCUCUUCGCCGCGAUCCAUCUAAGGAGCAUAUUCUGAAAAAAAACGAUGAUUUUCUUGACUUGACUUUCCCGCAAGUAGUCGCGUUUUGGAUGUCACCACGAUGUACACGCGCACAGUGGCGAUGCUGCUCGACCGACUCCCUGUGGGAGAGUGAAGUGAACCAUAGACUGUGGACUUGACUUAAACUGAACUGAUACGAGGAUUACCAAUCAGUGGAUAGAACUAUAGACUGAGUCGUAGCGAAGUCUGAAAAAAGCCUGAACGAAGCCCUCCCAUAUAGGAUAACUUUUGUUAGCCCAUUUUGUGUACAAAAACAAUAACUUCAAAAGCAAGCAUCAGGAUGCAGGAACUAACGAGGGUCUGCGAACUGAACAACAACAGCAUCCAUAACAAGGUGAAAACAACAGCAACUCCCCCAGUCAGCAAUCUGGAGCCGCUGCUGCCCAUCAAGCUGGAGCAUGACCAUGAUCUGGAGUCGUGGCUGCCCACAAUAGAUCACGGCCACCUGCGCCUAGACAUGAACACCACCCGACUGCUACUGCAGGGAUCCGACGAUCCCUUGAUUUCGCACGGCGCCUCCAACGAUGCCCACGACGAGGACCAUCCCUUCAAGACAUUGCUGGCUCGCAAGACGGCCAGCCAGGAGCAGCAGCAGCAGCACCAGCAGCACAACGGCACCUGCAGCCCGCUCACCAAGCAGCAGCUAAAGGCCAACCUGUUGAUGGGGAACCGAAAGAUUCACAGGUCACAGGCUACGCCUCAGCUGCCCGCUCCGGAAGAGUCACAAAUUCCACUCACACAAAAGACACCGCGACCUGCUCCAGGUCAAAACAGGUCCAAGAAGCGUACGAACUCCGCGGGAGCCAUGAAGCUGCGCUUCCAUCACCAGGCGCUGCCUGCGGAGUAUGCGGCCCACUACGAGGCAACCCAGGGUCGGCAGCCGCCCAGACCCGUGCUGCCGCCGCCGCCUCCGCCUCCUAGCCAGGCCCACGAAAACGUGCGCAGCUGGCUGAGGAAGAUAGCCGAGAUCCAGCGCAGCGCAGAGCGCCAGCAACAGAAGCAGGCAUCCGCUAGGAAGGACUCGCCUGUUAUGCGCCCUACACCCUCCGCCGCAGUGCCACCCCCCACAAAGGCGCCAGAGGUGACCCUACCCCCGAAGCGGGGUGCCCUAAAGUACGCAGAUCUGCCCUACAUGGGGGAGCUCACCCUCGACAACUACAAGCCACGACGCGGACGAAAACCGAAGAAGGCCGACAUCUGCCACCUGAUCUACAAGAACUACGGCACCAUCGUGCCAGCUACAGCCACCGUGAGUCUGCCAGUGAAUGCCCCUCUGCCGGAGACUACCGGGCAUGGAGCCUCGUCCACGACAGUGAUACCGGAGGAGCCCCUGAAUCUCUGCCUACGGGAUCAGAGCAGUGAUCGCUACUCCAUCUCUAGUGGGGACAGCGACAAGCCAACGCCGACGACAACGACAGCCACCACAGACUGCGGAAGCUCCUCCCAUCGAACAACGCCUCUGAGCGCAGUCAAACCCCUGACCUUGGAGCUGGUCGGGGGGCAGGAGCAGCCUCUUGUCGCCUCCAAGCUACUGUUUCAGCCUGUGGGGCUUUACUACCAGCAGCUGAUGGAGUCCUGCAGUUUGGGAGGCCUGCCCGUGCCCGUCGAGACCAUCGAAAAAGACAACCAGCUCUCGCUGAAGAUACCCAUACCGAGUGGGUUCUUUGCGAACGAGGCCAUGCCCCUGCCCCUGGCUCUGCGGAAGAGGAAACGCUCUGCUAUCUUUAUACCGCCCAUGCCUGCCGAGCACUCGUCGAGCCCCUCCACGGAGGUGAGCAUCUGUAAGUUCAAGUUCACGGGCGGGGCCAAGCCAACUCUGCAGGAGAAGAAGAUGCUGUCGGUGGACGCCGAGGGAAACUAUCGGUACUACAACGGCACCGGCGACAAGACCUUGAGGGGCUACGAAUUCAUCUCCCGGGAUCAGCAGCAACAGCAACAACAACAUCAGCAGCAGCAACAACAGGGUCAAGCCCCAGGACAGGAGAAACUUUAUGUGGACAUACCACCACCUUCCACUGAUCUCAGCCUGGAGCUUCUCCAAAUACCACCCGAGUCGCCCACAUCGUCGCUGCUCCUCUCCAGCGGCAAUAGCCUCGUUCCCGCAACUUCACAACACAGUCCCGCCUCCAGCGUUCAGAGCCCCAUGCUCGCCGCCAUGUUUCCGAGCUUGCCGCCUGUCAAACCCUCGACUGAGAGCGAAAGGAAGCGUCGGAGCUCGCGUCGGUCCAAGCAGCGGGAGAAGCUGGAAAAGACAUUCAAGGAGAAAGGCUUCCUCAUCCAGACCCAGCAACUGCAAUCUGCCGAGGGCGCAACCUACUGCAAGUUCAGGCAGCUAAAGAAGUUCACGCGCUACCUAUUCCGAAACUGGAAGGAUCACAUACCAGAUAGUGAUCUCGUCAAGCACCAGAGCGGUGGCAGGGAAGACGACGGUGUCAUCGACAGCCUGCUGGGGCUGGAGAGUUUAGCCAGCCCGACCACAUGAAGCUGUCAAUAGUUUUCUGAAACACCACACAAAGCACUGCCAAAGAUUUUUAGGUUUUUUUAUGAUUAAGUUAUUUUCAACCGUGUUUAUAUAGUUGGCCUCCACGUCUUACACGGGCUAAAGCGAUCUUUUUUUGUUAGGUUUAAGACGAAACGAUUGCCGAUUAUUCCGUCCAUGCAGGCUGCUCCACAAGAUGGGGAUCCAUGAUCUAUAAUCCACAGUGACGCCUCCUAGUCGUUCAUUAGUUUUUUUUCUUAGCUCUUAACGAUGUU